CUAUCUAUCUAACAAUUGGGAACAAGUUUGGCAGCUUUUAAAUACACAAAAAUCCGUCAAACAAAUUAACUUCAAGUCUUACAGUAGUGAUAGUGGAAACAAACAGAAUUCACAAUGAUCAACUCUAAAAUCUAUCUACCUACAUUCUACUAGUCGGUCAUAAGCGACCUUGGACGAUCCUCAGGAAACCCCAGCACCAUCAAGUUUGGAAAAAUAAGAAGAGAUUCUUAUUCCUCAUUCUCUCCCUGCAACAACCUUAUUACAAGAUAUUCGACGAUAUCCUCUCGUAUUUGAAAAUUCAGCACAUCGAAUCUACCUAAUAAGUCAAUAUAAUCAACUUUCCAUCGAGAAAUGUCGCGUAUUUGACAUUUCUAACUCAGCGCGAUACGGUCGGAAAGAUUAGAAAGAAUUACCUUUGACCUCAUCCUCAUCCACUUCCAACGUCCACUGUCGACUCCUUCUUCAUCAUCGCGCAAUCAUUCCCCAUUCCCCGUUCCGACAUCCAAGCCAUACUCUACUUCUUGAGACUCGACGAUCCAUCGUCUUUGACCUCGAGAAUUCACACUAAUACUUCGAAUACUUCGAAUACGUCAAUAAUUCGGGACGUGAUAAGCCUAAGCCCACCUUAGGGUCGAAACGGUCACUCCUUGCAAUUGUGCCAUGUCGACUCCAUCGACUUUACCUCCUCAUCAUCCUAAUUACGGAUACUCCCAUCAUCAGAAUUAUCAGUCAAACAAUCCAUAUCGAGCGAGCAAUAGUCUGUUGAACGGCAGUAGCCGUUUGGGCGCCUCGUACACCAUUCCGACUCACUCGUCGAGUAAUAGCACAUCUUCGAGUGUAGCUCCUCUAAAGACACAUCAACUUCCCUCACAUCCAGCAAAAACGAAAUCUACAUCUACAAACUCUCCAAAAAAGCCCGCAGUCAUGGUUUCCUCCUCAUCGCAUGUGCCUCCCCCACACAAGAGACAGAGAUCAAAGGAGAGACAACCAGAUUGGGAUAAGUUUUACGAGAAUGGUUUACCUAAAGAGGUAAUCGUAAUAGAUAGUUCUGAAUCACCAGAACCACCCUUGGACAUUUCUACGCAUAUUCAAACGAAUAAUUCCGCAGUGGCAGCGAAUAGUCGACAUGCGGCGAAGAAGAGAAAACGCAAUGAUGCAUUCGAUUCCAUAUACCAAGUUGGUCCCUCGAUCGAUCCGAGUUCCCAAUACAAAUCAGAAUCUGGUUCCACCAUAUCAACCGAUCGCACAACAUCAGCAAUUCAUACGACCGCAGCUACUUCCCUUGGCUCACACUCAUCCAGUGGGCAAAAUGGUUACGAGGCCGCGGAAAUCAUAGGACAGAAAAGGAAAAGAACAAACACUAGGUUGCAAAUUGCCAAUGAAGCCAAGCGGAAAGAACUAGAAGUCAAUGGGGACGCAUUUAGCAAUUACAUACCACCCCCUAAACCACCCAUAAAAUCUCGCGAUGUUCCAGUAAGGCCUGUUACAGAUGUAAGUCUCGAUGGUUUCCACAGUUGUGAUCGGAAGCUAACAUAGACCAAGAACUCUUAUACCAAGAAUACCAAAGUCGAUGAUGAAGAUGGACAUUACAUUGUUGUUCCAGAAACGAACUUGACCACACAAUGUAAGUUUCGGUAGGACGACGCAUUAACCUGCCACAAACUAACACGCAGAACAGACUCGGUCCAGAAACUACUCGGCCAGGGAACUUUUGGGAAAGUCGUACAAGCUAAAGAUCUUCAUAAUGACAAACUGGUUGCCAUCAAGAUCAUUCGAUCCGUGCAGAAAUAUCGAGAUGCCUCGAAGAUCGAAUUACGAGUCCUGUCAACACUCAAAGCAAAUGAUCACGAGAACCGAAAUAGGUGUAUACAUCUACGGGAUUGCUUCGAUUACAGAGGGCACAUAUGUAUAGUCAUGGAUCUACUGGGACAGAGUGUUUUCGAUUUCUUAAAGGGCAAUUCCUUCGUACCAUUCCCCAAUUCCCAAAUUCAGAGCUUUGCACGGCAGUUAUUCACAAGUGUUGCUUGUAAGUAUCUUGAGCCAUCAGCUCGACUUAUUAGCUAACAUUAAAUCAGUUCUACACGACUUAAACUUAAUUCACACAGAUCUCAAACCGGAGAACAUCUUAUUAUGCAAUAGUGCAUAUCAAGCUUUUACCUACAGCCGCAAGAUUCCUUCUUCAUCAACCACGGUUAGCCGGCAAGCGGCACAACGAAAAGUCCUUCUGGAUACCGAAAUUCGACUUAUUGAUUUUGGUUCCGCAACAUUUCAGGAUGAAUAUCACUCAUCUGUUGUAUCUACACGUCAUUAUCGAGCUCCGGAGAUUAUUCUUGGACUUGGUUGGUCUUUCCCCUGCGAUAUCUGGAGUAUUGGAUGUAUACUUGUCGAGUUCUUCACAGGAGAUGCCCUUUUCCAAACACACGACAACCUGGAGCAUUUGGCCAUGAUGGAAGCAGUAUGCGAUAAGAGACUAGAUAGCCAUCUCAUUCAGCAAGUCAACUCUAUGGCAAAACGAAAUGGAGGGAAUCCAGCCCAAAAGUAAGGACCCUAGGAGCCUUUCUUGGAAUAUAUACUGAUGCUAUUUCUCAGAUAUUUCAAGCGCCUAAAACUUGAAUACCCAAAUGCUGAUACCACAAGGGCGUCCCGGCGAUUUGUAAAGGCUAUGAAACCCUUGCAUGUAAGUGUAAGUGUUCCUGCUAGCGAACUUUACUAACAAAUCAAAGGAAAUCAUCAAGGAUCAAUCGAGGUUUAGCAAAAAUUUCCUAGAUCUACUUAAAAAGAUAUUUGUCUAUGAUCCAAAUGAACGUAUCACGGCCAAGCAGGCCCUUCAACAUCCAUGGUUUAAGGAAGCUGCAACGGCAGACGAUGGUACAGAAGCAACAAAAAUCAGGUUACAAAGACAGAGCGGAACAUAUGUGGCACCACAGAGGCAUCACUGAGCGAUUCAUGAAACUAUGACGGCGUAAAUGGCAUGGGACAUUGGGUGGAUAUCUUAUUACUCUGCACUACUUGUUUAGUUUUAGCAGCAGAUCGCGGUGGUAAUGACUUUUGUAUUAUUUUACAUAAAUAUUCUGCUUCCGGAAAUACUCUGGGCAUCUUGAUUACUUUGAGGAAAUAGACACAGGAAGGAUUUCCGGCGACGUUAACACAAUCAACUUAUCAUAAUGUUAAGAGACUCGUUGGGUUUAGAAUGGUUUUCAUUUA